UCUGCGUCACUUCCGUUCCACCAAAACGAACGAGACGAGCGGAGGUUCACUCGGGUCUUGAGUCUGCCAUAUAAUUUAGUAUUUUGUGAAAAAUGUCGCUGAUCUCCGCUCGUUUGGCCUCUUCUGUGGCCAGGCGCCUCCCUAAUACCACAUCUCAGGUGUCGAAAAUUGCGGCGCCAGCAAUCGCUGUCGCCUCCCGCAAGGUCCAUGUGUCCUCCACACAGCGGGCAGCUGAAAUCUCCACCAUUCUGGAGGAGAGAAUCUUAGGUGCUGCACCCAAGGCUGAUCUAGAAGAAACUGGCAAAGUAUUGAGCAUUGGUGAUGGUAUUGCUCGUGUCUAUGGCCUCAAGAACAUUCAGGCUGAGGAGAUGGUGGAAUUCUCUUCUGGACUCAAGGGAAUGGCCCUCAACUUGGAGCCCGACAACGUUGGUGUUGUCGUGUUCGGUAACGACAAGUUGAUUAAGGAAGGCGACAUUGUCAAGCGAACUGGCGCCAUUGUAGACGUGCCUGUAGGUGACCAGCUUCUGGGCCGCGUCGUGGAUGCCUUGGGUAACGCCAUUGACGGCAAAGGUCCCAUUGACACCAAGAACCGCAUGCGUGUCGGUAUCAAGGCUCCUGGUAUCAUCCCUCGUGUGUCUGUACGUGAGCCUAUGCAGACUGGUAUCAAAGCCGUCGAUUCUUUGGUCCCCAUCGGUCGUGGUCAGCGAGAGUUGAUCAUUGGUGAUCGUCAGACUGGCAAGACUGCUCUGGCCAUUGACACCAUCAUCAACCAGCAGCGCUUCAACAAGGGUGAAGAUGAAAAGAAGAAGUUGUACUGCAUCUACGUCGCCAUCGGUCAGAAGAGGUCCACCGUGGCCCAGAUUGUAAAGAGGUUGACAGAUGCUGGUGCCAUUAACUACACCAUCAUCGUAUCCGCCACGGCUUCUGACGCCGCGCCCCUGCAAUACUUGGCGCCAUACUCCGGCUGCGCCAUGGGCGAGUACUUCCGCGACAACGGCAAGCACGCCCUCAUCAUCUACGAUGACUUGUCCAAACAGGCCGUCGCCUACCGUCAGAUGUCCCUGCUGCUGCGUCGUCCCCCCGGUCGUGAGGCUUACCCUGGUGAUGUAUUCUACCUCCACUCGCGUCUGCUCGAGCGUGCCGCUAAGAUGUCCGACAAGAUGGGCGGCGGUUCCCUUACCGCUCUCCCCGUAAUCGAGACCCAGGCUGGUGAUGUGUCCGCUUACAUUCCUACCAAUGUGAUUUCCAUCACAGACGGCCAGAUCUUCUUGGAGACUGAGCUCUUCUACAAGGGUAUCCGGCCAGCUAUCAACGUCGGUCUGUCUGUAUCCCGUGUAGGAUCUGCUGCCCAGACCAAGGCCAUGAAGCAGGUGGCUGGUUCCAUGAAACUGGAAUUGGCCCAAUACCGUGAAGUCGCCGCCUUCGCCCAGUUCGGUUCCGACUUGGACGCCGCCACCCAGCAGCUGCUGAACCGUGGUAUGCGUCUCACCGAGCUGUUGAAACAGGGACAAUAUGUUCCCAUGGCUAUUGAGGAGCAGGUCGCCAUCAUUUACUGUGGUGUCCGUGGCCACCUUGACAAACUGGACCCCUCCAAGAUCACCGCUUUUGAGAAAGAAUUCACCCAGCACAUCAAGACUAGCCACCAAAGCCUGCUCUCGACAAUUGCCAAGGAUGGACAGAUCACACCGGAGUCCGAUGCUACCCUGAAGAAGAUCGUCACUGACUUCCUUGCUACCUUCACACAGUCGCAGUGAACAGUGUAGUCACUGGACAAAAUCUGACUUUGACGUGACAUUGUGUCCCGAAGCAUUUAGGAUAAAUCAUCUAAAUUGAAACUCGUAGCACAAUGUCAAGUCAAACUCUAUGGUACAUUUUAAGUGAUGUCUAACGAAAGCAGUUCUCCCAGUGAUCAAUGUUUUCGUUAGCCGUUUAGUAGUUUUAUCAUUCGUAUGGACUGUAUUGAAUGUUGAUACAAUCAUGGAAUGUAUUUAUCUCGGAAAUGUCAGGAGUGGUUAUAUAUAAAUAAACAUCGUAACAAAUA